GUCAAGGGGGCGGGGCCUGUGCGCAGUGAGGUCACGACGCCGGCCCCUCCCAACGCCGCUACGCAGGCCUGCGGAGCGCAGACGCCGGCACUAGGAUCCUGUAGACCUGCGGCGUGGGCAGCGAGAGACCAUGGGUGCUCGGCUGAGCGGCGGCCAGGGCGCUCCGGAGCCCGUGCAGCCCCAACCCCAACCCCAGCCCCAGCCAGGGGCGCCCGAAGCCCCUGAGCGACCCCAGCCUGAACCCGGGCCCUGGGGGCCACUGGACGAUGUGCGCUUCCUCAUCGCCUGCACCUCCUGGUACUGACUCGACACCCUCCGCAGUCACUGGCGGCUGCCAACAUCGUUAUGCUCUUCUGUUCCUCUCUUGUCGUCUGUUUAACCUCCCGGGAGCCCAGGACAGGCUCGGAGAGUCGAGGAGGUCACAGAGGACUAGAAGGAGGUUUGGGCAUGGCGUCCUCCGCAGCGUCGCCAUGGGGUACCGGCUCACCUCUAGCUCCCCCCGAAUUUGUUCUCUUGCUAGACUGCACCCAAGUCAGCUUAAGCCUCCGUGCUCACCCCCACCCUACAGCCGUCUCGGUUGUGGGGCAGCCCUCCUUUUCACUGGCUUCCAGAACUAGGCCAGGACUCCUGGUAAGACCUCAAGAUUGCUGACUUGAUCUCC